CACCUCUUUGUUGUUCUCUGAUGGAAUGAGGGUGAGGCCACCCACUCAGGGGAGCCGCUGGGACUGACCCCUGAUCUCCGGCUGACAACUGGAGCCUCCUGAGCCCCCCAAUGCACUUUCCUGCAGGAAGAUGAGGACCCUAAACACUUCUGCCAUGGAUAGAGCUGGGCUGGUGGUCGAGAGGGCUUUCUCCUUCCGAGUCCUCACAGCCUGUUUCCUGUCCCUGCUCAUCCUGUCCACUCUCCUGGGGAACACGCUGGUCUGUGCGGCAGUCAUCCGGUUCCGACACCUGAGGUCCAAGGUGACCAACUUCUUUGUCAUCUCCUUGGCAGUGUCGGAUCUCUUGGUGGCUGUCCUGGUCAUGCCCUGGAAAGCCGUGACCGAGAUCGCUGGCUUUUGGCCCUUCGGGUCCUUCUGUAACAUCUGGGUGGCAUUUGAUAUCAUGUGUUCCACGGCGUCCAUCCUCAACCUGUGUGUGAUCAGCGUGGAUAGGUACUGGGCCAUCUCUAGCCCUUUCCGCUAUGAGAGAAAGAUGACCCCCAAGGCAGCCUUCAUUCUGAUUGGCGUGGCCUGGACCCUGUCUGUGCUCAUUUCCUUCAUCCCAGUGCAGCUCAGCUGGCACAAGGCAAAGCCCACAGGCCCCCAUGACAGGAACGUCACCUCCCUGGAGGAGCCCACGAACAACUGCGACUCCAGUUUGAGUAGGACGUAUGCCAUUUCGUCCUCCCUGAUAAGUUUCUAUAUCCCCGUGGCCAUCAUGAUUGUCACCUACACCAGGAUCUACAGGAUUGCCCAGAAACAAAUCCGGCGCAUCUCGGCCUUGGAGAGGGCGGCUGUCCAUGCGAAGAACUGCCAGACCACCACGGCGGGCAAUGGCAACCCUGCUGAUUGUUCUCAACCCGAGAGCUCCUUUAAGAUGUCCUUCAAAAGAGAGACAAAGGUCCUGAAGACUCUCUCGGUGAUUAUGGGGGUGUUUGUGUGCUGCUGGCUACCCUUCUUCGUCUUGAACUGCAUGGUGCCCUUCUGUGGGUCUGGGGAGACCCAGUCCUUCUGCAUCGAUUCCAUCACCUUUGACGUGUUUAUGUGGUUUGGAUGGGCCAAUUCCUCCUUAAACCCCAUCAUCUAUGCCUUUAAUGCUGACUUCCGGAAGGCAUUCUCCAUCCUCUUGGGAUGUUACAGACUCUGCCCCACAGCCAGCAAUGCCAUAGAGACGGUCAGCAUCAACAACAACGGGGCCGUGGUAUUUUCCAGCCAUCACGAGCCCCGAGGCUCCAUCUCCAAGGAAUGCAAUAUGGUGUAUCUGAUCCCCCAUGCCGUGGGCUCCUCCGAGGACCUGAAAAAGGAGGAGGCGGGGAGAAUAGGCAAACCUCUGGAGAAGCUGUCCCCGGCCCUAUCGGUCAUACUGGACUAUGAUACGGACGUCUCCCUGGAGAAGAUCCAGCCUGUCACGCAAAAUGGACAGCAUCCAGCCUGAGUUCUCCGGAUGGA